AAUAUGUAUUGUGUCGUCUGCAACAAAAUCCAUUCACUAGUCCAUUCGCGUGCUUUCUCACUAAUCAUUUAAAAAAUAUUUACCGUCUGUUAUUUCAAGGUCUAAUAAUACGUCUAAUGGCAUCUAAUAUCGAAGAAGAGUUUCUUCAGCUUGAUCCGACACUUAACAAUGUUAUUGAGCAAUCCACUUUGCGAUGGAUCUUUGUCGGUGGUAAAGGAGGUGUAGGCAAGACAACCUGCAGUUGCAGCCUUUCAGUACAGCUGGCUCGUGUUCGUGAAACUGUACUUAUCAUUUCAACUGAUCCAGCUCAUAACAUAUCAGAUGCUUUUGAUCAGAAGUUUAGCAAAGUUCCUACUAAAGUGAAAGGGUUUGAGAAUUUAUUUGCAAUGGAAAUUGACCCAAAUGUUGGCUUUAAUGAAUUACCAGAUGAUUAUUUUGAAGGAGAAAACAACUUUUGGAGAGCCAACCGUGGAUUAAUGCAAGAAAUAUUUGGUGCAUUUCCUGGUAUCGAUGAAGCUAUGAGCUAUGUUGAAGUUAUGAAGUUAGUACAAGGAAUGAACUUCUCUGUAGUGGUCUUUGAUACAGCUCCAACUGGACAUACUUUGCGUUUGCUUGCAUUUCCUUCUGUUGUAGAGAAAGGGCUCAGUAAACUUUUGCGUCUCAAGUCGCAAAUUGGGCCAUUUGUCUCACAAAUAUCAGGUCUUAUUGGCAUGAGCAAUGUUAAUACAGACAUAUUUUCUAAUCGUUUGGAGGAAAUGCUACCAAUUAUUCAGCAAAUAAAUGAACAGUUCAAAGAUCCUAAUCGAACUACCUUCGUUUGCGUUUGCAUUGCAGAGUUUUUGUCACUAUACGAAACAGAACGUCUGGUUCAAGAGCUUUCCAAGUCAAAUAUUGACACACACAACAUUAUUGUUAAUCAGCUAUUAUUAGAUGCCCCAAUAACAUCAACUGGAGAAACGUGCGGACUAUGCGGUGCUCGCAAGAAACUUCAAGCUAAAUAUCUUGAUCAGAUUGCCGACUUAUAUGAGGACUUCCACGUCACACGUUUACCCUUGCUAGAUCGUGAAGUUCGUGGCGUCGAGCAAGUAAAGAAGUUUUCGGAGAACUUGCUGAAGCCUUACUCCCCAAAAUAAAGAUAUGUAUUUGUUAAGUGUGAGUUUUUUCAUUAUUAUGAAAACCCAUUAUUGGUUCAAAUAUUUUGUAAUUGUACUUCAGCAUUUCAUCCAGGAGAACCAAUUUAUUUUCCGAUUUACUUUACCCUUUUCAAUACGAAGUCAAUAGCAACACAACAGCAUUAAUAGACAA